AUGGUGGGCUUUUUGGAGCGAAACGAAUAUGAAGAUCUCUCUCACUUCUUCCAAGUUGAUAUUGUAUUCGAUAGUAGGGAAGAAUUAAUCAAGUGGGCCAAAACAACUUCAGUUUGUCAUUCUCACCGUUGGAUUUGUCAGUCUAGAAGGGAGAAUGCACAGUAUUUAACAUGUGACAAAUACGGAUAUGGCCGACAAACGAAUAUCGAUGUGGAAGAUCCUAGAAAAACUGGAACAAAAAAAUGUGGUUGUCCGUUCAAAUUGAUUGGCAAAAAGUCAAGGUUUGAUGAAUUAUGGCCGUUGACUGUCAGCGAUGGCAGACAUACUCAUCCUCCGGCUUUGUUUCCUCGCGGACAUGGUACGACUAGUCGUAUAACUUCACAACAGAAAGCAAGAAUUAAAGAGUUGAGAAAUUCUCACGUGAAGUCAAUGCUAAUCAUGGAUAGAUUGACGAAAGAUGAUCCGACGAUACAAACCUCUAUGAAGCGUGUUUACAAUGAGUUGGCCAAGAUUAAAUCUGGGGAAAUGGAGGGCAUGACUGUUAUUCAGUUUCUAAUGCAUAACUUUCAACAAGGCGAGUAUCGAUAUUGGCAUCGCGUCGAUAUUGACAUCGCGUCGAUAGUUUCAAAUGUUAUGUUUGCAUGUCCCGAAUCUAUUAAGUUACUACGGCUGUUCCCGUAUGGGAUGCCUCUUUUGGAAAUAAUUGGGAUAACUCCUGUUGGGAGGAAUUUUAAGAUUGUUGUUGCAUUUAUGCCGCAUGAAGAUGCAGACACCUACGAGUGGACUUUGAAUUGUGUGAGAGAGUUGCUAGAUGGUGUCGAACCUGAUGCGAUCUUGACAGAAAGGGAGUUGGGUCUUUUGAAAGCACUACCAAAUGUCUUUCCAGUUCCGUAUCAUAUGUUGUGUAUAUUCCAUAUAAACAGAAAUAUUGAGGCAAAUGCGACGAAAUUUAUGGGAGGCAACAAAGACCAAGGUCUAAUAUUCCGACGUGUGUUGUGGGCUAAGCUGUUGAAAUUAGAAACCGAAGAAGAGACAUCCUACACUGAUACAAUUUUUGAAGGAUACGUGGUUGAUAUACAAGGAGAAGUUUGUCUGAGCCUAUACCCGCAAUGUGUAUCAUUUUGGGUGGAGAGUGCUCAUUCUUAUGCGAAGAGUUGGUUAAAUGCUUCGACCGGAUGUCUGGAUAAAGUGCAAGGCAAACUUCGGGACCAAGUUUAUAUCCAAAUUAGUCAGCUGAAGUGCAACUUUUCAUUAUCAUCCAAGAUAAGGAAGCAUACUGCAACGUGGCCAUGUUUUCAAGGUUUGAUUUGUUAUGUUGUGCAUCUGGCAUUGGAGAAAUUGGAUCAAGAGAUGGAGUCCCCGACGAUGCAAGAUCCGAGUAUUGGCAAAAACUAUCUUUGGAAUAUUCAUGGCCCCCCUUGCGCGUGCAAAAUUGUUCAGAAAAUGGAAGAUAAUGACAUGUUCGUCAUUUUAGACUUGCAUCCAUUCUGGAGUACCAUGGCAGUUGAACCUUCGGAGCUACCUGAGUAUCAAAAUAACUCGACAAAGAAAGACCCUUCCAGAUGUCAGUAUCAUAUUGAUGAGGAGACAAUUAAGUCGUCUUGUGGUUCCAAGGGUCGUCAAUCCUCAUUUGGUGCAAAGGUUCCUGAAGCAAAGGUUGAGAGAAACACUAAUGGAAUGCCUCAAUCGAAGAUGAAAGGUCGUGGUUCUCGUAUUCCCACACAAGAAUCUGCUGCCCCUACAAUACCUGCACAUGAAAAAAUCGACUUCUAUUGUUCCGUACCCAGUUUUAUGGUUCGUCUUAUUCAAGAUUAUGUUAACGUGAUGGCGGAUGGCAACUGUGGGUACCGGUGCGUUACUCAAGCCAUGUACGGGGAUCAAGAAAGAUGGGUGCAAGUGAGAGGGAAGUUGUUUAUUGAGUUAUACGAGCAUGCCAAUGUGUACAAAACGGCGAUGUUUGGCAGUACUGGAUACGUUGAGGUCAUACACAAGGGUGACUGGACCUCACAGCCUUGUCCACAAGCUUAUUGGAUGGACAUGAAUGAAAUGUGA